AUGGGCUCAAUUUUGAGCUCAAAGCCCAAAUUUGCACGAGAUGGAUUUUACUUCCUCAACAAUCCGGUUGCUUGUCCAGUUGUUCCUCCAUCAAUUCAACCAUCAGGAGGAGAUGGGGGGGUUAGUAUGUGUGAUUACAAAUGGUCCUUGCCGUUAGGUUCGGUCAAAAACUCCGUGUGA